GUAAUAGUACAAGUAAAUACGUAGUGUUCAUUUUUAAAUCGAAAAAGUACAAAUAAUUAGUCAUUAGUAAGUGUUGAGCAAUGUUGAACGCGCUACAAAGGCUCCUCGGAGUCGAUACACCUGCCAACAAAGUCCAAGAGAUCAAAACUGACGCACAUGCCUCGCUAACUGUCGUUCGUCGCGAGGAAAAUAUAAUUUUGUAUGGACCAUCGGUGAAUCAGGCGGACAGAAGAUCAAUUUACGAAAUUGUUUUGCACCGCCCAUACUCGGAACAGGCCAACAUCUAUGGCUACAGUCUUUACAGAGCACAAACGGCCGAAGAUGCCGAGGAAAAAUUCAAUUUACUGUUCCAAAGACUUCCAACUUUUCUGGGAAUUGUCAAAGAAAUGUAUAACGUGAAUGGAUUACAAAAAGUCUGUGACGCCCUAAUUUCGAACCCGUCGUGGACUCUCACCCACUUGAUUGCGUAUUUCAAUCUCACGCAAUACCUGACAAAUCCGAAAAUCCUGGAAAAUGUAGACUAUCCGGACCACGUCACGUACAUGACACCACUGCAACUGGCGAUUAGAACAAAUAACAUCGAGAUGGUGAAAUUACUGCUUCCGUUAUGUAAACUAGAACACUUGGACAUAAAUAGUAAUUCCAUUUAUCAUUUUGCGGCAGACACAACCAAAGAACUGAUUAAUUUACUUGCUUCCAAUAGCACCGAAAAUUUGAAUCACCGAAAUUCCGAUGGAUACACUCCACUUCAUUUGGCUUGUCUCAGGGAUAAACCGGAUUGCGUCAAGGCUCUUUUGUUGGCGGGAGCUGAUGUUAAUAUAACGGCAAAGCACAAUAAUAGCACAGUAGUUAACAAACAAACACCAAAUUCAUCACGUAGCUCAACUUCGACGACAGACGGAAAUGGUAAAAGUUCUCCGGCAAGCAAAGUUCUGCCAGGAUCUGUUGCGGACUUUCUUCAAACGAAUCAGAACAAACUUUUUACUGGUGACAUGAAAUACGGAGGAACUCCCUUGCACUGGAGCUCCAGUCGGGAAGUGCUCAGUGCUCUGAUAAACCGUAGCUGUGAUGUAAAUGCGUUGAAUUUCAAUCAGGAAACCGCCUUGCAUGUCAUGGUAAAACGAGAACGUUUGGAUUGUGUGGUGUGUCUUCUUUCGCACGAAGCUGAAGUAAAUUUAAAAGACAAAGACGGGAAUACGGCACUUCAUAUUGCUGUCGAAAAAAAGAACAUUCCAAUUGUUCAGGCACUGGUGGUCUUCGGUUGCGACAUAAAUAUGCCAAAUUACGACGGAAAAACACCACGACACAUGGUCGGCAAGGAAGCAAAUGGCACAAAUAAUGAUAUGAUAUUGUACAUUUUGCAUUCCGUUGGGGCAAAACGGUGUCCGGACACCAGCAAAAAUUGUCCGCCGGGAUGCAGCGCCAAAGGAACUUACAACGGGGUACCUCCUGCGCAACCCGAAUCCAUUGAUAGACGAGAUCACAUACAAAAUGUCUUGCAAUCUACAAGUAACAGUCGCAGAGAGUCCGUUGUUAAUGCUAUGAACAAUUUAAAAGCGAAGGAAAACGUUAACGUAGUUGAUGUUUCAUCCGAACGAAAGGGUGCAAGUGUUAUGGACGCACUUCUGUCCAUGUUUACCGGAAAAAUAAUUACAAAAGUUGAUGCUGCGACACUAUCGGACUCUCCAUCAACGCCUCCGAAAGCAGAUGAUAUGGACGCUCAAGUAGAUGUCGAUGUUGUUGACGAAAAUUCUGAGGAAGAUACAUCAGUUUAUGGUCGCGGAAGACUCUUAUGUUUAGAUGGAGGCGGAAUUCGUGGACUGAUUCUCGUUCAACUCCUUCUAGAAAUCGAAAAAUUAUCACGAACGCCAAUAAUCCACAUGUUUGAUUGGAUUGCCGGAACGUCAACCGGUGGAAUACUUGCCCUCGGACUGGGUUGUGGCAAAACUAUGAUGCAAUGCAUGUGUUUGUAUCUGCGAAUGAAGGAAAUCGCGUUUGUCGGUUCGCGUCCUUAUCCAUCAGAUCCAUUGGAACAAGUGCUGAAAGAUGAAUUGGGCGAAAAUACCGUUAUGAGUGACAUCAAACAUCCCAAAUUAAUGGUUACCGGUGUAAUGGCUGAUCGAAAACCCGUUGAUUUACACUUAUUCCGCAACUACACGUGUGCCAGUGAAAUCCUUGGCAUAGUAACACCCACAAAUAAUCGUAGAAUUCCACCUCCUACGAUCGAUAAGCAAUUGUUGUGGCGCGCUGCUCGAGCUACGGGUGCUGCUCCCAGUUAUUUCCGUGCGUUUGGACGGUUUCUUGAUGGCGGAUUGAUUUCGAACAAUCCUACGCUCGAUGCCAUGACCGAAAUUCACGAAUAUAACAUGGCAUUGCAAUCCGUUGGUCGAGAAAAGGAAGUUGUGCCGGUAUCAAUUGUGGUUUCACUCGGUACGGGACUCAUUCCCGUUACGGAACUUAAGGAAAUUGACGUUUUUCGACCAGAUAGUAUUUGGGACACGGCAAAGUUAGCUUACGGGAUAUCGGCAAUUGGAAAUUUGCUUGUUGAUCAAGCAACCGCUUCGGAUGGGAGAGUCGUUGAUCGUGCACGUGCAUGGUGUAGCAUGAUUGGCGUGCCUUAUUUCCGAUUCAAUCCUCAAAUGUCCGUGGAUGUGGCAAUGGAUGAAAAAAAUGAUGCCGUUUUGGUGAACAUGCUGUGGGAGGCGAAAGCUUAUAUGCAUGCAAACCGUAAUAAAAUUAUGGAAAUGAUCAACAUUUUAAAAUAAAGACACAAACUACUUAGUUAGAUAGGAACAAAAAAUAUGACCACCCACCAUAUUUUACAAUGAAUUAAUUUUGAAAAAAAAAAAAAUAUCGGAAAAAAUGAUACCUCAAUGGAUGAAUUAUUAACAAAUUAAGAAAAAAAUUAAUUUACAUUCUUUAUUUAUUUUUUUCAUGGUACAAAAACAGCCAAAAUCAUGAAAAAAAAAUUAAUUUAUGUUAAAAUUUUAAUUCGAAAUAAUAAAGGACGGAAGUUAUG